CGGAAGGAACUUGCAGGUCGUUCCCGCGUGCUUUUCUAACCAUGGCGGCCGCACAGACAACUUUGGAGUUCCAUGCCAAGCGGCCCUGGGGUCCCGAGGAGGGGAUAGAAGAUCCGGACGAGGACGACGAGGAUGAUAACGAUGAAGCCGAGAAUGGUUUCUCCCUGGAGGAAGUGUUACGGCUCGGAGGCACCAAGCAAGAUUAUCUUAUGCUGGCUGCUUUGGAUGAGAAUGAAGAGGUUGUGGAUGGAGGCAAAAAAGGAGCAAUUGAUGACCUGCAACAAGGUGAACUGGAAGCAUUUAUUCAGAAUCUUAGUUUGGCCAAGUACGGGAAAACUUUCUUAGUCGAAGAAGAUGAACCAACCAAUAAAGAAGAUGCCAGCAAAAAAAAAACAAGUGUAUCUAAAUUAGAUAAUAUAAAGCAAAAUGUGGCAGAAAGUGAAAAGACGUCAGUCAAGAAGGUGAAAAAUAAGAAGAGAGUAGAACAACAUUCUAAUGAGAACAACAGUGCCAUACCAAAAGUAAAGAAAGAUAAACAACAGGACAUCUUUGAGUUUAUUGAAAGACAGACAUUGUUACUGAAGCCUGGAGGCAAAUGGUAUGAUAUGGAAUAUAGCAAUGAAUGUUCUUUGGAACCCCAGCCUCGGGAUGUUGUGUCUAAGUACAAAACCUUGGCUCAGAAGUUGUAUGAGCAUGAAAUCAACUUAUUCAAAAAUAAGACAAAUAAUCAAAAGGGAGCCUCUUCUGCCUGGAUGAAGGCGAUUGUGUCAUCAGGGACACUAGGUGACAGGAUGGCAGCCAUGAUUCUUCUUAUUCAGGAUGAUGCUAUUCAUGCACUCCAGUUUAUAGAAACUCUUGUAAACCUUGUUAAAAAGAAGGGCAGCAAACAGCAGUGCCUCAUGGCUUUGGAUACUUUCAAGGAGUUACUUAUUACAGACCUUUUGCCAAAUAGUCGGAAGCUACGGAUUUUCAGCCAGCAUCCUUUCAAUAAACUAGAGCAGUUGUCCAGUGGCAACAGGGAUUCAAGAGAUAGAAGGCUGAUAUUAUGGUAUUUUGAACACCAGCUGAAACACUUAGUGGCUGAAUUUGUGCAAGUCUUAGAAACUUUAAGUCAUGAUUCAUUAGUAGCCACCAAAACUCGAGCCCUUACAGUAGCUCAUGAGCUUCUUUGUAACAAACCUGAAGAAGAAAAGGCUCUUCUUGUACAAGUGGUAAAUAAACUGGGAGAUCCUCAGAACAGAAUAGCCACAAAAGCCUCCCAUCUAUUAGAGACAUUACUUUGUAAACAUCCCAAUAUGAAAGGCAUCGUAUGUGGUGAAGUAGAAAGGCUGCUCUUUCGCUCAAAUAUCAGCUCCAAAGCGCAAUAUUAUGCAAUUUGCUUUUUAAAUCAGAUGGUCCUCUCUCAUGAAGAAAGUGAAUUGGCUAACAAAUUAAUAACUCUUUAUUUUUGUUUUUUUCGGACUUGUAUCAAGAAAAAAGAUAUUGAAUCAAAAAUGCUUAGUGCCCUUUUAACAGGGGUGAAUAGGGCAUACCCUUAUGCCCACACUGGUGAUGACAAAGUGAGGGAGCAGGUUGAUACAUUGUUUAAAGUAUUGCAUAUUGUGAAUUUUAAUACCAGUGUUCAGGCUUUAAUGUUACUUUUCCAAGUAAUGAAUUCUCAGCAGACAAUAUCAAAUCGAUAUUAUGCAGCAUUAUACAGGAAGAUGUUGGAUCCAGGGUUGAUGGUGUGUUCUAAGCAAGCCAUGUUUCUUAACCUUGUCUACAAAUCUCUGAAAGCUGACAUCGUGUUGCGCAGGGUGAAGGCUUUUGUGAAGAGGUUACUUCAAGUUACUUGUCAACAAAUGCCACCGUUCAUAUGUGGAGCUUUAUAUCUUGUGUCUGAGAUCCUUAAAGCAAAACCAGGUUUAAGAAGUCAACUAGAUGAUCAUCCGGAGUCUGAUGAUGAAGAAAUUUUUACUGAUGUAAAAGAUGAUGAAGACCUAGAAAAAUUCACUGAUGCAGAUAAAGAAACAGAAACAAAUACUGUGAAAAAAGUUGAGACAGAAGAAACCGUGUCUGAAAAUCAUAUGGAGGCCAAAAAAUCAGAGUCUGCUUCUUGGGUACACUUUGAUAAUUUAAAAGGUGGCAAACAGUCAAACACAUAUGAUCCAUUCAGUAGAAAUCCUUUGUUCUGUGGAGCUGAAAAUACAAGUUUUUGGGAACUCAAAAAGCUAUCGGAGCAUUUUCAUCCCUCUGUGGCUCUUUUUGCAAAGACUAUCCUUCAGGGAAAUUAUAUUCAGUAUUCAGGGGACCCACUGCAGGAUUUUACACUAAUGAGAUUCUUGGAUCGAUUUGUGUACCGAAAUCCAAAGCCACAUAAAGGCAAAGAAAACACAGACAGUGUUGUAAUGCAGCCAAAAAGAAAACAUUUUAUAAAGGAUAUUCGUAGUCUUGCUGUGAACAGUAAAGAGUUCCUUGCAAAAGAAGAAAGCCAAAUACCAGUGGAUGAAGUGUUUUUCUAUAGGUAUUACAAAAAAGUUGCUAUUGUUAAAGAGAAACAAAAACGGAAUGCAGAUGAAGAAAGUAUAGAAGAUGUAGAUGAUGAGGAAUUUGAAAAGAUGAUUGACACAUUUGAAGAUGAUAACUGUUUCACCUCUGGAAAGGAUGACCUUGAUUUUGCUGGCAACGUGAAAAAGAAAACAAAAGGAGCGAAGAAGAGUAACGUAGAAGAUGAAGACUCAGAAGGUAGUGAGGAUGAUCUUGAUAACUUGGAUGAUGAUGAAGUUUCUUUAGGAAGUAUGAAUGAAGAAUUUGCUGAAAUUGAUGAAGAUGGGGGAACGUUCAUGGAUAUCUUGGAUGAUGAAAAUGAAGGCAUUCAAGAACUUAAUGAUGAUGUCAGCUCCAAAGUCAAUACUAAGAGAAGCAAGAGGAAAGGUGUAAAUGAUUUUGACUUUGCUGGAUCAUUUGAAGGACCCAGGAAAAAAAAGAAAAGAAAUCUCAAUGACUCCAACCUGUUUGUAUCUGCUGAAGAGUUUGGCCACCUAUUAGAUGAAAAUAUGGGAUCCAAGUUUGAUAACAUGGGCAUGAAUGCCAUGGCUAACAAAGAUAAUGCAAGUCUCAAACAGCUUAAAUGGGAGGCUGAACGUGAUGACUGGCUACACAACAGAGAUGUGAAAAGUAUCAUCAAGAAAAAGAAAAAUUUCAAAAGGAGGCCAAAAACCACUCAUAAAAUUAAAAAGCAAAGAAAACGAGUGUUUACUAAAUAAAUGAUAAAUGAAAACUCUACUUACCUCUAACUUUUGCUGUUCAACCAUUUUUCUUGAUCUUGUUCUCUGAUUCCAUACAUUCCAGAAUGUUCCAUGGAUUUGUAAUAAACUACAA